AUGUAUUUCCUUGUCCGGUGGCUCUGCAUCGGGAUCGUACGAUCCUUCUUCAAAGAGGUAGCUGUCCUCCAUCCUGAGCGCAUCCCCCUCUAUGGCCCGGCCAUUUUUGUGGGGAACCACAACAACCAGUUUAUGGAUGCUUCGAUGCUCGUCGCGAACAUCCCGCGUCAAGUGCAUUUUUUGGUGGCGCUGAAGAGCAUGAAGAGGAGAGUCAUCGGCUUUCUGAGUCGCCUGGCAGGCUGCAUUCCGGUAGAUCGACAAGACGACCGCGCGUUCAAAGGUCCAGGCCUCGUCCGCAUCUCGCAUCACUUCACAGAAGAUGAUCACGUCUGUCCCCGGCCGCCGCAUCACCACCAUCAUGCCCGAUCGCAUGCAGCCGACCCAGGCCACAGCAACGGGAGCGAGAGCAGGGAAAAGCACGACGGCGGUGGCGGCCGACCCCCAGAGACAGCGACUGAGGAACGUCAGACGCCUCACGCAGACACAGGCGCUCUGCACACUCCCUCCGGCGCCGUCCAGGCAGGCAGCAUCCUCCUGUCGGGAGAGGCAGAAGCGGCACGACGCAGUGCUUUUGAGGGGACAGCUGGAAGAACGAGUGAGGCGCGAAUGGAAACGAAGAAUGAAGACGAUCCGCGAGAACCGCAGACGCGAGAGGAUGGACCUUCAGCAGAGUCCGCCGCCAUCCCAGAGGCCCAGACGCCAGAGCUGCGCGCGCACACACGAGGUGAAUCGCCCGCAAAGCUCCUGGCGGGUGAGAUGCUGCAGGCUUUUUCUCGAGUGCCGUCGCACCCGAGUCUGCGAACCGAGAUGCCCCUGUUCAGCAAGAGUGCAUCAGCGCCUCUCGGGAUGCAGAAUCCGCCAGUCCUGUCGAUUCUCGGGAACUCGACUCGCUUUCUCUCCGACGUUCGCCCGGGGUACAAGCUCCGUCUGGACGGCAAAGACUUCCUCGUCCUCAGAGUGCUCUCGGAUACUCACGUCGUCGUCCGUCAGCCGCCAGAAGCGCCUCGCCGCCUCGACUCCUCGCCGCUGCCCACCGCUGCGGCGCCGGGUGGGCGGACACCCGAGACUGCGGGCGCAGUCUGUGAGCUCGACAGGAAGGCUGCAGAACGCCGAGGAGACGCCGUCGCGAGGCAGGCUAAUGCGCAGCUGGCGAAGGAGAAGGAGAGCGAGAGGGAGGCCGAGAUGGGGAGGAGACGGGGGUCGUUCUCGAGUGAGUCGAGCUCGAGUAGUACCGGUUCGAGGUCUCAGCGCGGGUCGUCUCGUAGGACCAAUGUAGGGGAGACGGCGGCCAACGCCGCGGCGGCUGCGGAGGCCUUCGCAACCAGGGAAGACGUUCCUGGAUUGAGCCAGAACGGAUCGAGUACGGCUCUCGAUGCCAACGGACGCGAGCGAGAGACUGCGUUGCUGAAAGCGGUCCCUGGAAACAGAGGCGUCGACGAAGGCCGCCUGCGAGAGCAGGCGUUUGCGGAGAUGCGGAGACCUGUUUCUCCGGAUCCCUCCGCCUUUGGCGCGAGCAGAGACGAGGGACUGAGAAGACGACGAGCCCGUCGUAGAGAGGAAGACCGAGAAGAGAAGUGGAGGGAGACACACGACGGUCCUGGUCCUGGAGACUCGAGAGGAGAGAACGACGCGGGAGGCUUGCCUGGGAAGAUGUGCGAUGGAAGAGAAGAAGGGGAAGACAGACUCCACCAGGCGUUGUCGGCGAAGCACGAGAAGGAGAAACGGCUUGCAGCUGCUGCGUACAAGGAAUACAAGAUCCUCCCGAAAAUCGAGCAAAGGGAAGUCUACGAAGCUGUCACCCACAGCCUGGUCGAUGGCGACUGCAUAGGCAUCUUUCCUGAGGGUGGGAGUCACGACCGAACGACGUUGUUGCCUCUGAAGCCUGGCGUCGCCAUCAUGGCCAUCGGCGGCGCCGCCGCAGGCGCAGACGUCAUGAUCGUUCCGGUCGGCCUCGUGUACCACAAUCCGCACAAGACGCAGUCGCGAGCGACAAUUCAUAUUGGCGAGCCCAUUCCGAUCUCCCGCGAGGCCGUGGUAGAAUAUCAGCAGGACCGACGCGCAGCGACAGCGCGUAUUCUGACAGACGUCGAACAUGGAAUGCGUUCGUGUAUCAUCACGGCACAAGACCAUGAGACGAUGACAUUGAUUCACCUCUGCUGCUCCCUGUACCCCCCGGAGCGCCUGCGCCUCUCCCCCGAGAAGCUCUUCAACUUGAACCAGCUUCUCUCGAAACUCUUCUGGAGAUGCGCAGACUCACCUGAGCUCUCGAAUCUCCGUCAGGACCUCGCCCAGUACCAGGGUGCUCUGCAGCGUGCAGGCAUUCCAGAUCACGACGUCUGGAUGUUGAAGCAAAGCACAGCAGGAGCCUCGUUGUGUUUCGCAGAGAAACUGAUCGCUCUUCUUUUUGCCAUCGGUCUGGGCGUUCCUCUGCUGCCUCUCUGGGGACCUCUGCGAGUGAUUGCCUACUUUCUUGCGGAGCGACAUCGAGCGCAGGCGCUCGCGGCCAGCAGCGUGAAAGUCAAGGGAAUGGACGUUGUGGCGAGCUACAAGGUGAUUGUUCUGUUGGUGUGUGUGCCGCUCUUCAACUUGGUGUACGGAGCAAUCUUCGGUCUCGUCUUCCGUCGGACUCUCGCGGAGACUCUCGCGACGAUGCUGCUCUGCAUCUGUCUCCUUCCUGUCGCCUACUACUUCAGCAUGCGUCAAGCGGAGAAAAUUCUCCCGCUCAUUCGGCAGAUGCGUACGCUCAUCAUCGUCGUCGUUGGCAAAGUGAACAUCUGGCGCGAGAAUGAGCGCGAGCUCAUCACUCAGCGAAUGAAUCUCCAGUUUUCGGUUCGAGAGACCCUGUUGAAGCUUGGACCGCAAACAUCACCGGCCUUCAUGGAGGAACUGUACUCGAUUCUUCCCAAGGCAGUCCUCGUCGCCGACAUCAAACGUCUGAUACGGAAGAAGGAAGAUUUCGCUCCUCUUCAAAUGAAGAGCCUCAUGAACAACGCAGAGGAAAUUCUCUGA